GCACAGAAUUGCGUACACAUGAAUGUGUUCAUUUUUUGCUGAUUUUUUCGUUUCCUAUUUUUUCCGUUUUUCCCGUUUUUCCCAUUUUUUUCCUAUUUCCUUUGCCCGUUUUCCUUCCCAUUUCCCCGCGCGAUGGCAUUUUAAACGUCAAACUUGUGAAACGCACGCUUUUCCCCUUUGUGUUUAUUUCUAUUUAAAAGGAAAAUUUUUCCCUUUUGUGAAGAAGCAAAAAUAAAUGCACAAAUGUACAAACGUACAAAUGUGCAAAGUCCAAAUGUACAAAUGUCCAAAUGUCCAAAUGUACAAACGCGCAAACGCACAUGAAGAUUGCACAUGAACGAAUGCACAUAUGAACAUACGAACAAAUGCGCAACCCCCUUUGACCCAGCGGAAGAAACAAACGAAUUUUAAAAAAGCGAGCGCCACUGAUAUGCAUACGCAAAAGAAAACAUUCACCGCGGAAGGCGUUCCUCGCACUGCUCACUUUUUUUUUGGCGCGUAACUGAUUGUCAUUUCGCAGACAGAGUGUUUUGCCGCUACCCCCCUCCCCCGUAUAUGCAGUCGCGUGUGAGCGUUUUUAAACAUACACAUGCGUGCGCGCACAUACGGCGACAUGUCCCCUGCGCGAACUCUUUGUUGAUGUUAUUUUAAGUUUUAAUUCCCCGUUUUGUUAGGAAUUUUGAAGUUUUUUUUUUUUUUUUCCGCCCCUUUGCGUCGCCAUUUUGCGUUCACUUUUUUUGCAUGCGCCGCUUUGCAUGACCAUUUCGCGUCGCCGCUUCGCAUCCCCCUUUUUCGUGCCAUUUUGCGCGCUUUUUCCUUUCCCCCCCCCCCUGCGACCCGUAAUUAACUCCAGCGCUCCCCAAUCGCACAAAUGUUUCCCAAAAAAAAAGGAAUACUCGAGUGAAAAUUAAAACAGCGCGCACCCAGCAGGUCCCCCCGCACGCGAACGUUUGUCUACACACACAUAGGUAGAAAAUUUUGCGGUAUCGCGAAGGAGCAACGUUAUUUUAUUGUGUGUGCAAAUUGUUUGCCAUCCCCCCCAACUGCGCAAUUGAAAUCGGCAGCUGGCAUAGCCAUUUGGGAAGAACCACAACAAACACGCCUACAUUUAAACAGACAAAGUUAAGUACGUACAAAUUUCCGCCUGAACAAAAUGUAUACAUACGGAGUAGAAGGAGAUGACACCUAUUUGCCACAGCCCCAGUACCCAUCCCCAUAUGAAAAUCAGUAUGGACAAGAUGAUGAGUCGCCAAGCCCUCGAGGGGAAAACCACACCCCCUUCAUAGGUUAUUUUAGUUCCCAUUUAUUAAGAACCGGGUUCUUCCUCCAGUGCGUGUCUUUAAUGCUAAUGUUCAUAUUUUACUGGGCCUUUGGUGGUACAGGAAUUUUUGUGUUUGAUUUAUAUGCCGGUCCAGAGUGUGUAAAAGUGUCAAGUGCAUUUCAUUUAACCAUUUCAAUUUUGAUGGCCAUAUAUUUGUUGGGCACCUUGUACAUAGCCAUGUUCCAAGUGUUCGUAGCAGAUAACAGCAAGUGGUGCAGAGGGUUCAGAGCGGGUUCUAAGUUACUAUCCGCAGCUGUGACGCUAGAUCUUUUAUCCUCCAUUUUGAGACUGGUUCAGUAUUUGUAUGCUUACUUUUAUAUGAGCAUGAGAUGGUGGGCAAGAUACCAACAAACCAAGUCAGACUGGACCCUGUUACACUUUGGCAGCAUUGUGCACAGCUUCGCUUUGUUCAUUUAUGGAGCUGCUUUUUUUUACAUGGAAGCUUAUCACGAUGAGGGAACGUAUGAGGAGCUCGCUUGGUCCAACUUGACUUUGUUCAAGUUGGCAGGUUUGGCCGAACUACUGAUGGUGUUUUCCGGAUUUGGAGCUUUUUUCUCGAUACUGCUCCUGGGUGCGAUCAUGUGCGCAACCGUCUGGGCCUUUUCCUUCGAACCACUGCUAGAAAAAUGGUCCCCCGAAUUGCACAGCAGAGACAUAAACGCAGACGUCUUGCCCGAGGUAAAACACGAGGACGAACAGGGGGGAUAUAACGAAGAAAAUGUGUAUGAGCCGUACAAUGUAAACCCGGAAAAUAUGGAGUAUGGGGAGGAAAUGGUUCCACAAAACAUGAACGAGAAGUACGCAAAUGGAAACUCUUAUGACCCAAACAUAUACGCGCAGAAUAACGGCAUGCCAACCACCUAUGAUUACUCGCAAAUUGAAGGUCAAGUGAAGCAAAACGCCGAAAUGGGGGUCUCAGAGAAUUACUCCAAAAGUGGUCAAUUCUGAAGGUGACGCGUGGAAGGGAGGAAGGGAAGAAGCGAGAACGUAUGAUCGGUUCAG